AGUCUGUUUGCUAUCAUUUAGCUUAUUGUUUCUUGCUUGGGGAAAAUGUUUCUAUGAUGAAUGGUGAGGAUGGCAGCGGAUCCAGUGUUGCGGAAGUUAGCAUCAAAUGCUGGCGGUUCAGGAACGCGAGCCUGGCUAGGAGGACUCCCAGGGGUUCAGCUUGAUUCCCAGAGUCGGCGUGCAGUUGUGGUGGUCCCCACCACAGGCGAGGAGGCUAGAUUGUACUUGACAUCACUUAGAGCUGUAGGAGCACAUAAUGCGGUCAAUGCAGGCACUGCAGCUUUGCUUGCAAUGUCAUUAGAUGUUGGCAUCACAGGAAAAACUAUCCAAGAUGCGAUUUGUCAGCUACAGCCACCUCCUCACCGGAUGGAAAUCGUUUUCCAGGAUGACAAAAAUGUAACUUGGAUCAACGACAGCAAAGCGACCAAUGUCGACGCGGCAGUGGUUGGGAUAAAUGGGAUUGUCGGUAGAAAGGCGGUUGUCCUUCUUGGAGGCCUAGGAAAGCCUGUGAGUACAUCAGAGGAUGGAGUAGUGCGAUAUGGUUUUGGGCGUCUUGCGUCUGCUCUUGCACCUCACCGGGCUGUUGUUGCGUUCGGCGCACAAGGAAAGUCUGUCCAGGAGGAGUUAUGCGCUGCGGGUGUCACUCUGCCAAUCGAGCGGGAGGAGACAAUGGUGGCAGCAGUUGAGCGAGCAGGGCGACUUGUUGAGCCAGGUGAUGUUGUGUUGCUGAGCCCGGCGUGUGCCAGCUUUGACGAGUUCAAUGACUUCACUCACAGAGGUAGAGUGUUUGCUGAGCUUGCAAACGGCUCGUCAAAAAACUAGUUGCUUAGAGCAAGCAACCAAGCUAAGGGAGGCAGUGACGUAAGCUAUCUAGGAAAGCUAGCUAAUGACGAAACUGAGCUAAGCAGAUUUACUACGAUCAUAAGCUAGCUAAUAAGCCAUCUAAGGAAACUAGCUAAUCGUAACGCUAAGGAAACAAAGGAAACUAGCUAAUGACAUAAGCUAGCUAAUGACAAAAGUAAGCUAAGGCAACUAGCUGAUGACGUAAGCCAGCUAUGAACGCUAACUAAUCCAAAGCUAGUGGAACAAACUGGGAAACAAGCUAGCUUAAUCAUCGUUUGUUUUGACAUGUACGUUGGCAUCUGCUGUUUCGACAUUGGUCAGCGAUCAGUCAUCGUCUUUCUUGUGGUGGACCUCAAUUGUCCUGGCCUGCCAAGUACGGAUCUAUACAAUGAGCAAGGCGACAGUAGUCACAGAUCUCUCCAGGACAUUUCAGGCUCCUCUUUGGACAGGAAAGGAUGGGCAGAAAGUUUGGAAGAGAGGCAGACCGAGGCACGGGGGGAGAGAGAGAGAGAGAGAGAGAGAGAGAGAGAGAGAGAGAGAGAGAGAGAGAGAGAGAGAGAGAGAGAGAGAGAGAGAGACGUGGGGAGGAGUGAGAAAGAGAGAAAGCAUGGGGCCUCGCGCCACUACUCUCGACUCAUCUCGAGAAUCCAGAGUCAAUCUUGAGUUGUCAGACUUGAUUUCAAGAGAAAUGGACGCCUUGUUCCACAUUACUCUCUACACAAUAACUCUCGAUCGCAAUAUUCUCGAGAGACUUCCAAUUUCCUUCUUCUGAACACAUGACGGUAAGGAAAAAAGAACAAAAAAAUAGAAAAGAAAAUGACAGCUGGGUCCCAGUGCACCGCUCACUGUCGACAAUCAAGGAUUCAAGGCUGGAAGAGGACCAUCAGUUUUCGAGAGUGUGGAGACUUUCGAGAGGCAUCUCAGAGGAAUCUUUCUGACAGCUCUCAAAUUUUGAGAGUUUUCGACCGAGGGUCAAGUGGAGCAGAGGGCCACUCGACGAAAAACAUAAAGAGUGGCAGAGCGAGGCCAUGAGCAGAGUAGGCAGCUGCAUGGACAUAACUGUAGUUGUGCAGAUCUCAUGGUCACCUGUGAGGAACCUGUAUGUAGAAAUUUCAAAUUUAUGACCGAAAAAAAAUUGUCACCUUUGUUUAACAGUUCUAUCUUUGGCAACAGUUCAGGAGAUUGAGUGCCCCCCCCCCCUUCACCUGCCUUUACCCAGAGUGAAUGAGGAAAGGGAGCAAAGGGCCCAGUGGUAGACUGGGGAAAAGGGUUAGAAGGAGGGAUGGGGGUUGAAGGGGGCGAGAGGGGAUGGGAGAGUGCAGAUUUGGCACCAGGUUAUGGGUUCUCGAAUCAAGCGCCCCCGAAUGG